CAACCAGCCGAAUUGACGGUCAGCAGAACGCCGGUGCGGGGUCUUGUAAAAGUUGAAUUGCCCUCCGAUGCGGAGCUUUGUGGAUAAACAGUAAGAGUAUUGGUCGAGGAGAGAUAAAUUCUCUAAUCCCCCACGCUCUGUCAAGUUGGUAGGCAUCUCGGUCAACAGCAAUUAAGAUUGAAAAUCACCACUAGAAAUGGCACAGAGAGAACGAAUCCCUUCCGCAUGGGCUGCUGCUCCCUCUACCACCUCUGAGGAAUCAUCAAUUGCUCUCGAAAGUAGCAAAGACUUGCCGUUCAAGUUCACCUUUGAGCCUCUUCGACGCAACGUCUUCCGAACCACCUUCACCUGCGAGUCUCAUCGUCUCCCGCCGUUCCCCAGCGCUGCGGUGCCUGAGAAGCGACUAGACGGGACCAAGAUUAGCGUAUCCUCGCCGUCUGCCACUGUCAAGAAGAUUGAAGUGGACGAUAUCGUUGCAACUGUAGACUGGACAGAAUCAUCCCCUUUGCUUCACAUCUCGUUUGCGGAUAGUCCCGAAACCCUGCUGCUGGAAGAUCUUCCCCACAGAGCAUAUGCUGUCGAAGGAACUGGUGUUGCUCACUACUCGCGAUAUAAUAGAGGAACCCUUCACGUUGGCCUUGGAGAAAAGAGUGCACCCAUGGACCUGUCGGGACGACGAUUCGAAAUCUCUGCCACCGAUUCCUUUGGAUACGAUGUCUACAAAACCGAUCCUUUAUACAAAAACAUUCCCCUUCUCAUCAAUGCUACCCCCAAAGGCUGCAUAGCGUUAUUCUCUACCAGCCACACACGAGGCUCGUACAAUAUCGGAUCAGAGAUGGACGGCAUGUGGGGAAGAUACAAGGUCUACCGUCAAGACUACGGAGGUCUUGAGGAAUAUAUUAUCCUUGGCAAGACUAUCAAGGAGAUUGUCACCACAUAUGCCGACAUUGUAGGCUACCCUUUGCUCGUUCCCAGAUGGGCUUUUGGAUACCUGUCUGGAGGUAUGAAAUACUCGAUGCUGGAUGAUCCUCCCGCGUCUGAGGCACUCUUAGAGCUCGCCCGCAAAAUGAAGGAGCAUGAUAUUCCCUGCUCUGCAUAUCAGAUGUCUUCGGGAUAUACGGUUGCUGAGCAGCCUCCCAAAACAAGAAACGUUUUCACUUGGAACAGGCAUCGCUUCCCGGAUCCUGAAGGUUGGAUCAAGGAGUACCACAAGAUGGGAAUGAGAUGUAUCGCCAACGUCAAGCCUUAUGUGCUAGCUAACCACCCUGAAUACGAGAAGCUCAAGGCGGCUGGUGCAUUCUUCACAGACCCAAAGACAAAGUCCACUGCCAUUGCCCGUCUUUGGAGUGCUGGUGGUGGCGAGAGCGGCGAGGGUGGUCAUAUCGAUUUUACAUCUGAGGCCGGUUUCAACUGGUGGUAUGAAGGUGUCAGAAAGCUUCGUCAAGAAGGCAUUGACUGUAUCUGGAACGACAAUAAUGAGUAUGUGAUUGGCAAUGAUGCUUGGGAAUGUGCUCUCAACCUUCCUAACCUCACUAUCCCCGAGGGAAUGGAGAAACACCCUCAAGUGGGAGUAUGGGGCCGCAACUUGCACACUCACCUGCAUGGCAAGGCUUCCCACGAUGCCCUACUCGAUGUUAUGCCAGAAGAGAGACCGUUUGUUUUGACUCGCAGCGCUACUGCUGGCACCAUGCGUUACUGCUGUAGCUCCUGGAGUGGUGAUAACACCACCAGCUGGGAAAGUCUAAAGGGCGCCAACGCUAUUUCCCUGAACGCUGGAAUGUCUCUACUGCACUGCUACGGCCAUGAUAUCGGAGGUUUCGAAGGCCCACAGCCUACGCCUGAGCUUCUUCUCAGAUGGGUACAGCAGGGCAUUUACUCUCCUCGAUUUGCCAUCAACUGUUUCAAGACUACAGAUGACAACAAUGUAGGUGAUGUUAUUGAGCCCUGGAUGCAUCCUACAAUCACACACUUGGUUCGAAAAACAAUUAAGCGCCGCUAUGCGUUGAUCCCUUACAUCUACUCGUCCAUGCUUGAAAGUCACCAAUCGGCAACACCUCCUCAACGAUGGAUAGGUUGGGGAUACGAAGCGGAUGCUGAAGUCUGGAAGAAGCCCCUAAGUGAUGGCGAAACACAGUAUUGGCUCGGAGAGGCGCUACUCGUGGGUGGUGUAUUUGAGUCGGGCGUACGUGUCGCCAAAAUGUACCUGCCUACUGGUUCCGGCUGUGAUGAUGGCUUCGUCAACAUCAACGCCCCAUAUGAGUACUACGAGGCUGGACAAUGGGUUGAUAUCGAUGCUGAGUGGCAUGGCGCAGGUAUCCCCGUCCUUGCCAAGGUUGGUUCUGCUAUUCCAGUCGGUCGCGAUGUUCAGGUUCUUUCUCCUGGCGAAAAGGAGAAUGUUGCAGAUCUUCCCCUGGAUGACUAUCGAGCCGUCGAGAUUUUCCCUCCCCAAGGUGAUGCCAAGGGCAAGAGCUAUACGGUUACAUGGUACGAAGAUGACGGCGUGUCGGUCGUUACGAAGCACAAGGUCUCGUCGUACACCAUUACUUAUACCUCCAGUUCGAGCGAAGUUAGUGUGGCCUUUAGUAGAGACGAAUCGUCCGGAUUCACCGCACCCUGGAAAACCCUGGUAGUCUUGCUUCCUGCGGGAGACGUACGCAAGGUUGUAAUCAAUGGUGGUGAAGAAGGUCAAGAAGUCAAGGAUCUAGGCCGAGACGACCUUGGUAGGGGCCGCUUCGAGCUUCUAUAA